AUGGCGCCCCCUCGAGCAGGGAGGGCGCGAGCGUCGCCCCAUCNCGACAGCGAGACGGAUCUCCCGGCGCUCUGUGGGCCAGAGGCCCGGCGGCUCGCCCGCUUCGACAAGCCGGCGGAACUCACCAGCCGCCGCACUAGGGAGAACCCUCGCCGAAAUCCGAGGUACGAGUCGCCCCCGUCGCCGCCCACAUCGGCCCCGUCGCCGACAAGUGCCGAAGCCCUGCUCGCCUCGGUGGCGAGCCUGCCCGACAGCAGCACGGAGGAGUUCACCCGCUGGAUGCUCUCAGCGGUACUUCACGUGCCGGAGGGGCUAGAGGCGAGGGUGGUGCGAGAGUUGCUGUCCGAGCACGCGGAUGAGGCCCACGCUGCGCGUCAAGAGGCGGAGAAUUUCCUGCUGGGUACGGUGGACCUCAUGCUCAACUCACCAGACGCCUUCGAGACGGCCCUGACGUCCCACGAGCUAAGUGAAUCCCCUAUUGGCAAGCAUCCGAGUGAUGUAGAAACCCCACCCAUGACUGUAGCCGGCGUUGUCAAGUCUGUUUACCCAGAGGGGUGGAAACAGGCCAUGAGGGAAGAGUUUGAAAGGCACUUGGGCACGGGGACGUUUUCAUUCGUAGACGGUGCGCCAGAGGGGCGUAGGCCUGUGAGCUCAAAGUGGUGUUUUUGUUGGAAGACCAACAAGGAAGGGAAGAUAGACAAGUUCAAAGCGCGUCUGGCUGCAAGGGAGUUUUCGCAAAUCCCGAGCGUCGAUUUCCAUUCGUCUUCCCCUUGCCCCUCAUCCGCAUCCAUUGAGCUGAUGCUUGCAGUAGCGAACGAGAAGGGCAUGAACCUCAAUCACUGGGAUGUGAAGCUGGCGUAUACACACGCUACGCUAGACGAGGAGAUUUUUCUGAGGCUCCCCGCUGGGUGCGGGGACAAAUCGCAUAAGGUUGUUAAGGCUGAGCGUGCGGUUUAUGGUCUGAAGCAGAGCGGUAGGCAGUGGGGGUACCACGCUGCUGAUACGCUAGUCGAGAACGGGUUCGAGCAAUGCAAGGCGGACCCGUGUGUUUUCCGCAAGAUGGUAGACCAAGUCGUGGUGAUGAUUAUCGUGAUUUACGUGGAUGACAUUUUGGUGGCUGGGUCUGACGAGGAUUGCGAGGAGUUGCUUGCUUCGCUCAACAAAAAAUUUCCCACCAACAACCUUGGAGAGUGUCAAUGGUUUGAUGGGUGUGCCAUCGAGAGAGAUGUAGAUGCUAUUCGAUAUACUCGUAGCAUAGCAUGGGGGUGCGCCGACCAAGAACGAGGCGCCCGUCACGCAGAAGACGAGGACGCCCGCAUCAACGAGUUGGUGGAGAUGAGGGUACAACAACGACUGGCCGACAUGAGGCGGCAACAAGACGAGGAGGAGCAGAGGACAGAGAACGUCCGGACCGGAAGCGAGCACGAGACACGCCACCAGCAACAAGCGGGGCGGCCAUCGGCGAACCCGGCCGUAGAUGACAUCGCCCGCACUCUCGCAGACGCCAUGUCCAGCGAAUGCAGAUAUCACCACGGGACAUCGGUAGUGUACCCAGUACAGGAGGAAGUAUUCGCAUGACAGAGGUUCAGCGCCUAGCGCCUUGGGAUGGGAUUUUUAAGCAAGGGGAAGAUGAGCAGGCUGAGUUUUUGAUUUUUCGAUCGAACAUGGUAGCUAUAUUUGCGCAGGAAGGAGUGCGUGACGUGGUACUGACUGAAGAAAAGAUUCCAGUCGGAAAAGAAGGAGUGAGCAAUGGAGGAGCUGCGUAGGUUGCACUAGAGUGACAGCGUAGAAACGGCAAUUACGGCGUGGAACCUGCUGAUCACGUUUGUAACAUACAUGCCUAUCCUCACCCAGAUCAUCGCUGAUGGUAGUCC